AUGGGGAACACGCUGUAUAGUGGCACAGGGUGCAGUUCCACCCAGCUGGACGACAUCUACGGCAAGUACUUAAACAACCUGUAUAACAUUUACAGUUACUUGUUCAAGUAUGAGCAUUUUGUUUUUAUGAAUUGCUACGCGUUGAAUUCAUUUUGCCAUGUCUUGGAGGGAAUCAACAACAACGAGGGACAUGUGCUGAUCAAAGUGUUCAAGCUGAGAUGCGAAACGCAAAAAAUAAAAAGGAUUCUGUACACGCUCAAGUUUCUCUUCUCCUUUGACCUCUUCCCAAAUGUCCUGCCCUACAACCGAAUGAGCGUAUACGAAAACAAUAUUUACAUAUACAGAACGUUUGUGUUUAAGAGCCUGGAUCACUACCUCUUCAACGAGAGAAACAACAAGCCGUUCAAACACUUUUUCCUUUUUCAAAUUUUUCUCGCCAUUAUCCAGUUGCACUCGCUCGGCAUAUACCAUGGUCAUAUAAAGAGCGAAAAUUUGUUACUUCAAAAUAGCAUGCACAUACUCAUAACGGACAUAAACAUAUUGAACAAGUACCUGUAUUUCAUUCCAGGUGUUAGGUGUGAAGACAAGUGGAGCAGCCUACUGGAGCGCCUGCAGAGGUUGCAGGAUGACAUUUUCAACCUGGGAAUUCUGGUGCUGGAAAUUCUGCUCAGCGAUAAAAACGUAUCCUACGCAUUUCUAAAGGAGAAUUAUCACGACAAAAAUGAAUACAAUUUUUAUCGUGGUAGGAGUAGGCAAGGCAUGCUCCAAUUUGGGGGAUGUGGAAAAGGGGUAGAGAAAAACGGCGCCAAAGGUAAAGCAAAUGCUAAAGUGAAAAGAAUAAAAAGAAAAGAAUAUACAGACUGCGUAUUCCCCAGUAGUGGUAGUGUGGACAGUACAGAACAUGUAAUACACCUCUCCACAAAGAAGACGACAAGCCACAACUUCGUUCACGCACUCUCCUUACCAUUUAUAAACAAAAAGAUUAAAAACGAAGAGGAGAAUUAUUUUCAACAAAACAAGCAUGUUAAAAUGAACAUCGACAAAUAUAAGCACUACAAUUAUCAUUACAUUAACAGCGUAAAUUAUAUUAACAUUUAUAACGACUUUUAUAACAACGGGACAUUGAGUCCGGUCAAUGAGGCCAAGUCUCACAGGGAAAGCCUUACUACUUAUGGAGCAAACAUGGAGAAUGAGGUUGUUUAUAAAAGUAGGACUGCUCCAUAUGGGGGAGGGGGUGACUCAGAUUCGUUCGGGGAGGUUCCCCAUGCGCACAGCGAUUGUGAGGUGCUCGGGGCAGAUAACAAGGGAGUAGGGGACAGGAUCAACAGGGCCACUUCCGACCGACUCGAUUUGCACGUGCCGCGGGAUUGGGGGGGAACAGACUGCAGAGAGGGGUUAGAGGUGGGCGUGCAGCACUCCUCGGCAGUUGUCGACGCGCAGGUUGUCACUGCAGAGGUUGACGCGGCAAAGGAGGACCCUGCGGAGGAUGGCAAUGGAGAGGUGGGCCGAGCACCCCCCCCGCGCAGACGCGCUCGACACACAGACAAAAGAGAAGAAAAGGGAGUGCCCUACAAAAUAUGGAAAAUUGUGAACGUAGCAAAACACCCAUUUAUCGUAUACUCCCUCAUCAAUCAUUUCUUCCUUCAAAAAAAAAAAAAUAUUUUUAAUAUAUUUCAAUACUGGUCCUAUUAUGUCUUUCCUAGUACAUACAAGUACGUGUUUUUUCCUUUGACCCUGUUGCAGCUGCACCCCGUGUUUAAGAAUGCAGACUUUUUUAUCUUGCUGCUUCAUUUUAACUUACCGUUCAUUCUGUUCCACCUGGACAUAUUUGCGAAAAAGGAACAGGACAAAUAUGAAAUGCUAAGAAUGGGGGGCACCCAAAACUGGGAUGACGCAAGGAGCCCUUGUAGACUCCAUCAUCAGGGGAGCUCCCACGCACGUGAUGGGGGAAGCAGUUCGGGGGACACACACCCCUCCUCAAGGCGCUCACAGGGGAAAGACAAGAAGACACUUCCACAAACGCAGCCACCGCCGCUAAGCGCGCCGCUACGCCCACCUCAACGACACGGGCUGGGGCGCUACGCGGGUCGCCUGGCCCACUUCGUAGACCUCGUUGAGGAGUUCACCACGGGUGUCAACAAGCGACAGAUGGAGACCUACAUCAGGGGCAGUGACUUCGCAGAUGACGUGAAGACGCAGCUGUUGCAGCAGUGGCAGACACACAGGCGAGAGGUGAACGGGGGACACAGCCGAACGAGUAGAGCGUACCAUUCAACGUGCCACUUUCCCUUCCCCACCCUAUCGUACAAGAACGCCCACGAGUUUUAUAAAAAUUUCUUAACCUUUUACAAAACAUUGUUUAAUGCGAUUUUCCACAAGGACCAAAGCUACAUUGAUAUAUUUAGCGGCUUGGAGAUCUGCAAAAGGGAAAUUUACGCGCCCCUCUUUCGGGGUGCCUACAUCAGGCGCGGUUCCCACCAUCGGUGCAGCAACGCCAGUGGGGGGAGCAAUACGAAUACUUUCCGCUACCCCAAGUGGAGGUUCAACGAAGACGUAUUUCAACUGGUAAACAUGAUAAUCACCUCGUACCACUCCCUCACAUACGAGUCGACCAAGUUGCUUUGCCUCGAAAUGCUCUACUGCAUAAUUUACCAUCUCAACGAUAGUACCCUCAACAGAGAAGUGGCGUCUUUCCUACUGUUUUGUAUGAACAAGUCAGGUGAAAAAUUAAAAGUUAUAAUCAUCAAAUGCUUUUACAAAAUUAUACACAAUGAAAAUGCAUACGAACAUAUGUACCCCUACGUGGAAAAAUUCUUGCCGUCCUUUUUCUCUCUCAAGGACAGUAAAGAAAAAAUUGAGAAAUAUUUUUAUGUGAAAUAUUUACCGCUAGUCGCAAAUGUGACCGUUCAAUAUAUAUAUAAUGUGAGUCUGUUGAAAAAAGGUGGAAGAAGGCAAAAACAAAUUUUAAAGGGAGAGCAGCAUGGACAGGAAAAAGGCCCUGAUGAGAUCACCAUCUCGGAAGUGAAACACAUGGACAUGUUAAAAACACUUCGCAAUCAGUUAGUGCACAUUUUAAAAUACGCCACUGAUGAAACUAUUUUGUUUGAGUUUUAUGAACACUUAAUCACUUUUUGUAAAAUCAUGAGCAGAAAAUGGGUCAAAAUUUACAUCCUCCCAUAUUUACUAGCAAAUAUUUACAAGACGAAGAAUAGCUUUAUCCGAGCUCUGUCCAUUCGAAUCACCCUGAGAAUUAUGUCCUACAUUAAUGAUAAUGAAACGUAUAAAAUGAUUUGUGCUUAUGUGAAUCCAAUUCUGUUUGAAGGAAAUGAAUUGGCUAUUCUUUUUUUGCUUUCCGAGUGUAACAUCCUCCUGAAGAAAAAUGCGCGCAAGGGGGCACGCUCCACGAUAGUUCCACCGAGUGGCCACCCAAGUGAACCGGGAAAAAGAAACAAAAGGCGCAUACUAUUCUUGCACAAACUUAAGCUAAACCACCUCCGCAAUCACCCCUCUGUCGCCAUUCGUGAUUUGGUACACACAGUCCAGGCCAGUCUACUCCAAAUGGCCACCUAA